AUGGCCGCAACAACGGCGCCUGCUAUUCCUGCUAAUCCCACCGCACACCAUGUUGCUUCUCUGCUACCCAAGCUGCAGGAUGUCGAUCCGGAUAUACGUUACAUGUCGUUGAACGACCUGAACCAAAUGCUCACCAUUGGCCACCCCACCUUCAUCUCACACGACUACAGCUGCUGCGCACGCGUUGUCGAAGGCCUUNUACACACUCUCAACGAUCAAAAUGGUGAUGUGCAAAACAUGGCCAUCAAAUGCCUCGGUCCUUUCGUCAACAAGGCUCCCGAGAGCAUCCUCUGCCCAACCUUUGACAAGAUCUCAAACCUCCGUACAGACAAUGCUGUUGACAGCUCGGUACCUGCUCUUGCCGUCAGAGCCAUGGUCGUCGCUCUCNCCCGUCCUGCUCCAGCUGUUCCGCGCACACAAANNAAAGUCCAAGAGGCAUACUCAGCAGUCAGUCGUGCUUUGAUUCCCCGUCUUGUCGGAUACACCGUUAUUCCUACUGGCAAGAAUCUCCCUGCUCCUCCCAAGGGCAUGAUCCAAGUUGAGGUUGAGACUGGAAUUGAUAGCAAUGCCCUGGACGUGUUGGUCGAGGUUGCCCGUUGCUUUGGCCCGAUGUUGCAAGAAGCCGAGGUGGAGGCUCUCCAGAAAGUCACAGCAGAGGUUCUGGAAAAUCCUCGAUGCAGUACUGUCAUGAAGAAGAAGGCUGUCACUGCUCUUUCCGUCCUUGCACCAUACUUUUCAGAUUCUCUCCUGAGCUCGGUUGUGUCACACUCGAUCGAGAGUUUGCGCCAGGCCCACCUGACACCAGCCCAGCGCAGGCUAUAUCUCACAAUCUUCGCCUCCAUGGCAAGAUCAAUCCCUCGCAAAUUCGGUCCGUACCUCAGGACUCUGGCACCCUUUGUUUUGUCACCCCUGAGUGAGCAAGAGUUGGAACAGCAGAACGAGGAGGCUGCCGAAUCAGAUGAAGGCCGUGAUCCUCAGGUUGAGGNNGAAGUGCGUGAGGCUGCUCUGCUAGCUUUGGAAUCUUUCCUGGCUUCAUGUAGUCAAGACAUGACACCCUACAUUCCUGAAGUCAUUGACUCGUGUCUUCGCUUCGCCAAGUACGAUCCCAACUAUGCCGCUGACGAGGACGAUGAGAUGGAAGGAGCAGAAAGCGAUCAGGAGGACGAAUUUGACCUUGAUGAGGACUUUGAGGAAGAAACUGGCUUUGACGACGAAGACGAUGUCAGCUGGAAGGUUCGUCGUGGUGCUGCCAAGCUCAUUCACACCUUGAUCGCUACACGAGGAAGCGGCGACUUGCUUGACAGUGGUGUUCUCUACGACAAGAUUGCUCCGGCUCUUCUGUCACGCUUCCAGGAACGUGAAGAGAGUGUUCGUCUUGAAGUCCUCUCUACUCUUGCUUUCCUCGUCAAGAAGACAGGCGAAUUUAGCUCUACGCCCAGUCUUCGCAGAAUGUCUUCAGCCGCUGGACCACCGAUCAGUCGCAAGCGCCGUCGUGACAGCAGUUUCUCUAGUGAGCGCCCGCAAUUCUCCGUGUCCAAUGGCUACGCCUCUCCUUCAACACCCCCACCUCAAGGCGGUCCUCAAGUCAGCUUGUCAGCCAUAAAUCCUCAGAUCGUGCAGGGUUCUGCUAAGCUGCUCAAGUCAAGCACUGUUCCUACCAAGCAUGCUGUCAUUUCCCUGCUAACAGAUCUGGUUACUGCUCAACAUGGUGGUCUCUCAAAACGCAUCGAUCAAGUAAUCGAUCCUGUUCUUGAUGCCAUGAAGUCAACCGGUGGCACAUCGGGAGGCGCUUCUGUCACGAAUAAUGCACUUCGCAUCGAGUCCCUGCGAUUGCUGCGUGUUGUUGCUGACACACACUCUUCCAAGGUCAUUGAGCCAUAUCUUGCGAAGAUCAUGCCCGCCCUGACCACUGUCUCGAAGGAGAAGUUCAGCAAGGUCUCGAGUGAAGCAUUUGACACAAUCCAAGUCUACAUCAAGGCCCUUACUCCUCCUCGUUCUGCCGGCUCCAAGCAGCAGAAUGCUACUUACCUGCAACAAAUUUACGAGACUGUCACCCAACGCAUCUCAGCCUCCGACACUGAUACUGAGGUCCGACAGAAGGCAGUCCAGUCCCUUGGUCUCUUGAUUGGUCGUACCUCUGGUACUCAGGGAUCAGCUCUGCUCAACCAACAAAGCAGACUUGCUGGUCUGCAGCUCAUCAAUGACAGACUUCGCAACGAGCUUACCCGUCUGGCUUCGGUGAGAGCCAUUGAGACCAUCGCCGUCCUCGCCCAAAGCUCCAAGGAAUUUACACCUGAAUGGGUUCGCGAAGUUUCGCUCGAGUUGGGUGCUCAGCUACGCAAAUCCAGCAGAACCCUGCGUGGAGCCAGUCUUGCUGCUUUGAAGCGUAUGGCUGUCAAUCCGGCAUGCCGCGAGAACAUGGAUGAUGAGACUGUGCAAAAGACUGUCCAACUCCUGUUGCCCUUGAUCAUGCUGGAUCAGGAUCUUCACCUCAUCGGUCCUGCCCUGGUCAUUAUUGGUUCAUUCGCCAACGAGAGACCACAAUUGGUGCUGAGUGACGAUGUUAUACAAGCUUACUGCUUCGUAGCCAAGAUGGAUCUGAGUGGUGCUGCACUCGACGCAUUGCUUGGUUCACUUGAAAUCAUCGGCAAGAAGGGUGCUGGCAAGAACUUGAUGAGAUCGCUGCUCGCUGAAGUUGGUGUCAAUGGCAACCCUGAGCUUGUUGGCCAAGUCAUUGGUGUUCUUCUUGUCGCUGGAGGAAACUCAGUCGGUGUCACACUUGCUGACUUUGAGGCUGAGUUGAAGUCAACAACCGACGAGAAGCGCAGAUGUCUUGCUCUCUAUAUUCUCGGCGAGGCUGGCUUGCGCAUGGGCCCCUCUUUCCCAUACGGACCUGACAUGUUUACCUCAUACUUCUCAAACUCCGAAAAGGUAUCCCUUGCCGCAGCUGUUGCUUUGGGUCGUGCUGCUACCGGAAACGUUUCUAGCUACCUGCCUCAGAUUCAGUCCAGCAUGAGCCAGGGUAAGCAGUACCUACUCCUUCACACUAUCAAGGAACUGCUGCAACACACCGCCGCCGAGACAGAGGUCAUCAAGUAUUCGAAACAGCUUUGGGACAACAUCAUCACUGCCUCGCAAGUCGAAGACAACAAGGUUGUUGGUGCCGAAUGCAUUGGUAGACUCGCCACGAUUGAUCCUGCUGCAUACUUGCCUCAAUUGCAAGCAUAUUUGAGUGAUCCCUCGCCCACUGUUCGUGGCAUGGUUAUCUCGGCUCUGCGCUACACUUUCUCCGACACUGAUCCUUCUUACGAUGUCUACCUGCAACCCAGCAUCGUGCCUAUGCUUACCACCAUGCUCAACGAAGUCGACUUGAACAACCGUCGCCUUGCUUUGACGACAUUCAAUUCUGCCGCCCACAACAAGCCUGAUUUGAUCUUGCCUCACCUCGACACCUUGCUGCCGCUUGCUCUAAAGGAGACUGUCAUCAACGCAGAUCUCAUUCGUGAAGUGUCUAUGGGUCCUUUCAAACACAAGGUCGACGAUGGUCUUGAGCUUCGCAAGUCUGCAUACGAGACCUUGUACGCCCUGAUGGAGACCGCCUUCGCUCGUAUCCCCAUCUCUGCUUUCUAUGAUCGUAUCCAGGCAGGUGUUGGUGAUGAGCACGAGAUCAAGAUUCUGUGCUGCUUAAUGUUGACCAAGCUUGUUACUCUUGCGCCCGAAGAGACUGUUCGCCGUCUCGAAGGAUUGGCUACAGCCUUCAGAGCAGUUCUUGCUUUCAAGCCUAAGGAUACCGCCGUCAAGCAGGAGUUGGAGAAGUUGGGCGAGCACAACAAGGCCAUCGCCAAGGUCAGUGUCAUCAUCAACAAGACUUUCCCUACCGAGACCACCGCCGAACAUGCACGCGCCUGGAACGAUUACUGGGAGUGGGCCAGAAAGGACAUGGCCACCGUUGUCAAGAACGCAGAGGAUGAACUCAAGGAGAAGGAUCGCUAG